AUGAUUCAAGGAAGCUUUGAUAAAGAUGUGACAGUAACUUGUAUAAUCACGUUUGUCUUGAUAGGUCUAGCCUCUCUAAGUCGUUUUAUAUAUAAUGCCAAUGAUCAAACUAGAUGUGAAAGUCUAUUAAACGAAGGAUGGUGGAUUACUGAUGCAUAUAAACAAUGGCAACCUGCUAGUUGCAUGAUGCACACCUACAAGUCAACUGAAGUUUCAGACUGUCUUGGUUAUUCAAAUAUUGUUUAUAUAGGUGAUUCUAUUGUUAGGCAACAAUUCUUUGCGGCUGUUCAACUUAUUCGACCCAAUAUAGACAUAUCCGGAGAGCCACAUGUGAAUCGAAAAUAUGUGUUUGAUAAAGAACGUAUAACGAUAGAGUUCUUUUGGGACCCCUACUUAAAUGAGACCAGAAUAGACAAGCCUACAGGAAAUCCUAGUUUAUUGGUAGUUGGAACAGGGGCAUGGCAAAUGCGAUAUUUAGGGGAUGAUUAUUUUGAAUCAUGGAAGGCCAGUAUGAAUAGAGUAUUUAAUGCGGCACAAUCCAGCAAGAUAGCAGAUGCGUUAUUAGUGAGUCCUGUUGAGAUACCUGAUUAUGUUCAUUUAUCCCCUGAUCGUACUGCGACCAUCACGAUGGAUAAGAUUGAGAGAAUGAAUAGUUAUUUAAAAGAAUUUCAAUCUUUAAGGGCAAAGACACGGAUUGGUAUACCAUUCGUUUGGAAUCAAGUUAGUACGAGUGCAAGAAAUAUGACAGUAGAUGGAUUACAUUAUAAUGAUGCUAUCACCUUUAUUCAAACCCAAAUUGCUCUAAACUUUCGAUGUAAUGAUCAAGUUUUAGAAAAGACAUUUCCUAUGGACCAUACCUGCUGCUUUAGUUAUCCAUUUCCCAAGUGGUAUCAAAUUCUAUUUAUCGCUUUCUUUUUUAUUUAUCUUCCAUUAGGCUUUCUUUUCAAACAUACUAGUUUAGAAGUAAUCCAUCCCUCAACAGCCUUCAACGUAUUAUUUCCUUCAAAGAAAGUAUUGAAUGCAUUCUUUGUAUUUGGUUUAUGUGUCAUGUAUAUGUAUUACAGUGAUCGAACUCAACUCUUUGGUAAAAUUCAAAAGCAUUUUAGUCCUAGCGUAUUUACAGGCAUCAUGAUUUUAUUAAGUGUGAUUGGUUUAUUUAAAUUGGAGCACAAUAAGGAUGGUGGUGGUGGUGGUGGUGGAUUCUUGAAUCGUCAACAAACAGAAGAAUGGAAAGGUUGGAUGCAAAUCAUUAUUUUGGUUUACCAUUUUUGUGGUGCUUCAAGUAUAUCAGGCAUUUACAAUGCAGUACGUGUCCUAGUAGCUGCUUACCUCUUUCAAACUGGCUAUGGACACUUUUUUUUCUUUUACAAGAAAGCUGAUUUCGGUAUAGGCCGAGUAUUAAAUGUGAUGGUGAGACUCAACUUUUUAACAUUUGUGCUUCAGUACUUGAUGGAUACGGAUUAUCUUAGUUAUUAUUUUACACCAUUAGUAUCGUUUUGGUUCUUUGUGAUCUGGAUAACGAUGUAUAUUGGACAUGGGUGGAAUAAGAAGUCUAUCUUUAUAGUGGCUAAAAUAGUCAUUGCAUGUUGUUUAACAACGUCUUUUAUACAUGUACCUGGAGUGCUCGAGACUGUCUUUGAUGUAUUUGAAGUAUUAAUGAAUGUCAAAUGGAAUGCAAGUGAAUGGCGUUUUCGAUUAGGGUUAGAUGCUUAUAUUGUCUAUGUGGGUAUGUUGUGUGCCCUUGGGUUUAUAAAGAUAACAGAGUAUCAAGUUUUAAAGCAUCGAUACUGGAAUGUCAUACGACAAAUCACAUUAUCUGCUUCCGUACUUGCAAUGAUAGGCUACUUUUGGUAUGAACUAACACGCGAAAAUAAGUUUAUCUACAACAGAACACAUCCUUAUCUUAGUUGGAUUCCUAUCCUAGCCUUUGUAUUUUUACGCAAUGGUAAUGCUUAUCUGCGUAUGACCUACUCUAAGGCAUUUGCAUUCAUGGGUAGGAUUUCAUUAGAGACCUUUAUUGGACAGUUUCACAUGUGGUUAGCAGGUGAUACAAAAGGAUUAUUAGUCGUAUUAGUAAAACCAACGUGGGUCAAGGGGUUUGGGUGGUGGAUCAAUUUAGUGAUCAGUAGCUAUUUAUUUAUUUUCGUUUGUUAUUAUUUGAGCCAGAGUACACAUGAGAUAUCAGGAUGGAUUUGUAAUUUUAUGAUGCAUUCAAAUAAGAACGAAGAGAGAACAAAAUACCAAACUGUACCCCUUUUGCCCGUCAAAACAGAAGAUAAUAAUAAUGCAGAACAAGGACUUGACUCUGAUGAAUUUUCUAAAGUAGAAGAAGAAGAAGAAGAACCUUCUCAAAAGUCUUUCAUCACCAAAGUCAAGCUUGGCAAGGCCAAGAAGCAAAACCGUCCUUUGCCUCACUGGUUCCGUAUGAAGUCUGACACUAAGAUUCGUUGGAAUGCCAAGAGACGUAACUGGCGUCACACCAAGUUGAACAUCUAAGUUCACAUCAUUCUCGACUCGACUUGUUUUUCUUUUUUUCUUUGAAGAGGGAAAAUAAUAAACAAAAAGGAAGAAAUACUCCUUCAUUCCUGAGUUUUUUUUUUUCGAAAAUGAACCUUUAUUUUUUGACGUCAAAUGAAAUGGAAUGCUAUAUUUUUUUUCACUUUUU